AUGGAGGAUCUGCAAAAGGACCACGCCGAGGGGGAGCAGAGUCUGGGGGUGGCACGCCUGGCGACGCGCGAGGCGGAUGCCAACAACACCGCCUUCGACUCAAUCGCCUUCCAGCAGGCGAAGCUGGCAGAGGUGGACGAACAGCGCCGCGAGCAUGGCCUGGCUGCAGCCGCCGCCGCCGACGCAGGCCGCGCCCCUGCCGCAGGUGGGGUUUGCGCCCCCCCGCCUGCCGCGGGCGCCGCCGCGGCCGCCCCCGAUGCCGCCUGCGGAGCCGCGGCGGCUUUUCAACCGCGUCUGUUUUUUUCCGGAAGUUUUCGCUUCAAGCCAGAGGCGCUGUGGGAGUCG